AUGGCCGAGUCUCCUGGCUGCUGCUCCAUCUGGGCCCACGGCGUCCACUGCCUAUAUAGCUGUCACUGGAGGAAAUGGCCUACCCAGAGGAAGAAGACCAGCAAGUGCGACUGCAUCUGGUUUGGCCUGCUCUUCCUCACCUUCCUCCUGUCCCUGGGCUGGUUCUACAUCGGGCUCAUCCUUCUCAAUGAUCUGCACAACUUCAAUGAAUUCCUGUUCCGCCACUGGGGACACUGGAUGGACUGGUCCCUGGUAGUCGUGCUGGUCAUCUCUCUACUGGUCACAUACGCAUCCCUGCUAUUGCUCCUGGGCUUGCUCCUGCAGCUCUGUGGACAGCCUCUGCAUCUUCACAGUCUCCACAAGGUGCUAUUGCUCCUCAUUAUACUUCUGGUGGCCACUGGCCUGGUGGGACUGGAUAUCCAAUGGCAGCAGGAAUGGCAUAGUCUACAACUGUCACUGCAGGCCACGGCCCCAUUCCUUCACAUUGGAGCAGUUGCUGGAAUCACCUUCCUGGCCUGGCCUGUGGCGGAUACCUUCUACCGUAUCCAACAAAGAGGCCCCAAGGUUCUACUACUUUUCCUAUUUUUUGGAAUCACUCUGGUCAUCUACCUGGCCCCCCUAUUCAUCUCCUCCCCCUGCAUCAUGAAACUCGGAGACUUACCCCCCAAGCCUGGUCUGGUGGGACACCGAGGGGCCCCCAUGCUGGCCCCUGAGAAUACCCUGAUGUCCCUACGGAAGACAGCCGAAUGUGGAGCUACUGUGUUUGAGACAGACGUCAUGGUCAGCUCUGAUGGAGUCCCCUUUCUCAUGCACGAUGAGCAGCUGAGCAGGACUACAGAUGUAGCCUCUGUGUUUCCAGAGCGAGUCUCAGCCCACAGCAGCGAUUUCUCCUGGGCUGAACUGCAGAGACUCAAUGCUGGAGCCUGGUUCCUAGAGAGGCAACCCUUCUGGGGGGCGAAAGCGCUGUCAGGCUCUGAUCGGAAGGAGGCUGAGAAUCAGACAGUGCCAGCGUUAGAAGAACUGCUGAAAGAAGCAGCAGCCCUCAACCUCUCUAUCAUGUUUGACCUGCGCCGACCUCCGAUCAACCACACAUACUAUGACACGUUUGUGAAUCAGACAUUGGAGGCUGUGUUGAAUGCAAGCGUGCCCCAAGCCAUGGUCCUUUGGCUCCCGGAUGAAGACCGUGCUUCUGUGCAGCAACGGGCUCCCAGAAUGCGCCAGAUAUAUGGACAGCAGGGGGGCAACAGGACCGAGCAGCCCCAGUUUCUCAACCUCCCCUAUCAAGACCUGCCAGUGCUGGAUAUCAAGGCACUCCACCAGAAUAAUGUCUCAGUGAACCUGUUCGUAGUGAACAAGCCCUGGCUCUUCUCCCUGCUCUGGUGUGCAGGGGUAGAUUCAGUCACCACCAAUGACUGCCAGCUGCUGCAACAGAUGCACCACCCCCUCUGGCUUAUUCCCCCUCAGAUCUACUUAAUGAUAUGGAUCGUCACCAACUGUGCCUCCAUUCUGCUGCUUUUGUGUAUCUUCGUCCUCCGAGGGAGAUGUGCUGAGAGAAAGAGAACAGGCUUAGAAGCAGCAGUGCUGCUGACCAGGAUCAACAAUGUCACCUCGGAGUGA